AUGUCUCCGCCAGAGUACUAUCUCAUCGCUGGCGCCACCGGCCGUCAAGGCGGCGCAACAGUCGACGCUCUCCUAUCCCACCCCGAAAUCAAGAUCGAGCCCAGAAAGGUCUAUACCAUAACUCGACACCCCACCAGACCAGGAGCUGUCAAGCUUCGUGAGAAGUACAGCAACAUCAACAUUGUCCCCGGCGACUUGAACAACCCCGAGGCCAUAUUCCAACAUCUGGACAAGAACAUCAUACCCAAAACUGGGGUUUUUCUCGCACAGGCUCAUGGACCGACCGAACUGAGCGACGCAAAGGGAUUCAUCGAUGUCGCCGCUUCCAACGGAGUCCCCUACUUUGUCUACUCCUCCGUUGACCGCGGAGGACGUGAACUCAGCGACAAAGACCCGUCAUACUGCAAGACUUUCUCGGACAAGUUCUAUAUCGAACAGCACCUAAGGAGUGUUUGCAGUUCCAGCCAGAUGGAAUACACCGUCCUCCGACCAACCUGGUUCGCCGACAAUGCCUGGUGGGGCUUCCCCGGUCAACUCUGCAUGACAGGUUGGAGGGAGAAUAUGGAGGGCAAGAGAAUGCAGGUCACGGUGACCAAGGACAUUGGAAGGUGGGCAGUCGAGGGUCUAGUACGGCCCGACCGGACCGGUAUUAGGAACCAGGCUCUCUCGAUCGCCAGUGAUGAGCUUAGCUUCAAGGAUAUCGACGACAUUUUUGUUCGACACACCGGAAAGGGCGUUCCUGUUACAUAUGGGCUUUUCGCUAGGUUCAUCAUUUGGAUGGUCAAGGACUUAGGGACAAUGUUUGGCUUCAUCGGUGAGAGGGCUUACGGCGCGGAUCUGCCAUGGUUGAAGAGCCAGCUGGAGCCGACUACGUUUGAGCAAUGGGUCCGGAACGAAGUGCCAAGUGGGUGA